AUGAAGAGUUUGAGGUGGGAGAACCAGAGCAGCGUGUCCGAGUUCCUCCUCCUGGGGCUCCCCAUCCGUCCAGUGCAGCGGGGCCUGUUCUUCGCCCUGUUCCUAGGCAUGUACCUGACCACGGUGCUGGGGAACCUGCUCAUCAUCCUGCUCAUCAGGCUGGACUCGCGCCUCCACACCCCCAUGUACUUCUUCCUCAGCCACUUGGCCUUCUCUGAUGUCUCCUUCUCAUCUGUCACUGUCCCAAAGAUGCUCACAAACAUGCACACUCAGCAACUAUCCAUCUCCUAUAGUGGGUGUGUUAGCCAGGUGUAUUUCUUUUUGUUCUUUGCUGGUCUUGACAGUUUCCUUCUUGCAGUGAUGGCCUUUGACAGGUAUGUGGCCAUCUGUCAGCCCCUCCACUACACCACCAUCAUGAGGCAGGAGCUGUGUGUCUCGUUAGUAGCUGGGUCCUGGAUAUUUUCCCUUAUCCACUCUCUGUUGUACAUUCUGCUCUUGAUCCAAGUGUCUUUCUGUGCUGAUAAUACCAUCCCCCACUUCUUCUGUGACCUCCCUGCACUCCUGAAGUUGAGCUGCUCAGACGUGUCCCUCAAUGAAUUGGUCAUCUUCACUGAGGGAGGAUUGCUCUUUACCCUGCCUUUGGGUGGCAUCCUCGGCUCCUAUGUCCGUAUAGGGACCACUGUCCUGAGGGUCCCCUCCACUAAAAGUAUCUUUAAAGCCUUCUCUACCUGUGGCUCCCACCUUCUUGUUGUGUCUUUAUACUUUGGGACCUCUGCAGGAGUUUACUUCUCCUCAUCGUCCACCUCCAGAGACAAAGACAUGACCGCCUCUGUGAUGUACAUGGUCGUCGCCCCCAUGCUGAACCCCUUCAUCUACAACCUGAGGAACAGAGAUAUAAAACAGGCCUUAGACACAUUUGUCAAUAAGGUGAACUUAUUCAAGUGA